CAGGGCGAGAGGGAGAGAGACCAGGAGCAGAAAGCGGCCACUCGUGUCGCUGCAGCUCUGACUGCAGUGAUAGGCAGCGCAGUGUUUCGCUGCGGUAAAAGGGGACCUGAGCAAGUGCUGGCUUUUAAACUGGGAGAGAGAGGCUGUCAGUGAACACAGACAGGGCAAACACAGCAGUCAGCUCACCGGAGCUCGCAAGGAAACCCACCAAGACGCGAUCAGCCCCCGCCCUUUGCCCAGUACAAGCCUUUCCACUCCCCCACACCUUGUUUAUUUAUUAAAUUGUAAAAAAAACCUCGUGUUUAUGUCUUGGUCAGAAUUAAUCUCUGCAUCUUCUCUGCCAGAAGAUUCACCCGCGAAUCUGCAUUGCAUUGUUGGAUCAUGACACUGCUCCUAGAAGAACAGGAAGGUUUGAGAUGGGUGCUUGAGUCUGUAGCCUGGUUUGCACAUUGAAAGCCUUGGCCUGGAUAGACAUAUAUAUCAAGAGCAAAUUGUUGGUGACCUGAAGAGAGAGAAUUGGGGAUGGGGAUGCCCAACACUACUAGGAUACAUCUGGGGUCUCCACUUUGGAGUUCCUGGUCUGCCAGGAAUCUGUAGAAUCUUCAAUUGAGACCUGCCCAGCAUCUGAUAUGUGGACAUUUUGAUAUGAACGCGUUUGACUGAUGGGGCCCUGUUGAGAACAGAUAUCAAACACAGGUUGUUUCCCGGGAGAUCAGGAAGAGAAAAGAGACAAACUCACCAUCUGCUCUGUGCACAGCAACGGAUUCCCAGGGUGCUGAAGGGACUGAUUUCCAGCAUUCCUACACUUGGAGAUUAGAAAAUGCCAGGAGGGAAGACACACCGAGCAUGCAGAAGCACUUCAGUCCUUCUACUCUUGAUACACCUUGGUACGGCGUUGGAUGUGCCCCUUGAUUCAAAAAUUCUGGAUGAACUGCCGCAACCCCCUACAAUCACCCACCAGUCUCCAAAGGAUUACAUAAUCGAUCCAAGGGAUAACAUACUGAUCCAGUGUGAGGCAAAAGGGAAACCAGCUCCGAGGUUUUCCUGGACCCGCAAUGGAACCCAUUUCAACCUGGACAAAGACCCGCGAGUGACAAUGAAGCCAAACUCAGGGACACUACACAUUAACAUAGUGGGUGGCGGGAAAGCAGAAACUUACGAAGGAGAGUAUCAAUGCACAGCAAUGAAUGACCGUGGCACAGCCCUGUCCAACAAAAUUGUCAUCCGGCAAUCCAGGUCCCCCAUGUGGGCAAAAGAGAAGAUUGAUGUGAUUGAAGUCCGUGAGGGGGCUUCGCUCGUCCUCCCCUGUAACCCACCAUCCGGCCUACCACCUCCGAUCAUCUUCUGGAUGGAUAACUUGAUGCAAAGGUUUGCACAGAACGAACGGGUCUCACAGGGUCUGAACGGAGAUCUGUACUUUUCAAAUGUGCAACCGGAGGACACCCGGGGGGACUACAUCUGCUAUGCCAGGUUCAACCACACUCAAACGAUUCAGCAGAAGCAGCCAAUCUCUGUCAAGGUGUUGACACUAGAUGCCAUCAAUGAGACUUAUGCAGGUUAUUCGAAUGGCACUGAACUGUAUGGUGACAGCCCAGUGGGAGAGCGAAGGCCCAUUAUUAUCAGCCCCAAAGAAGCAAGCAGCAGUAAGACUGUACUGAGAGGAGAGGUCCUGUACUUGGAAUGUAUUGCUGAUGGCCUGCCCACGCCAAUAAUCCAUUGGACCAAAGAAGGUGGAGAAUUGCCCAGCCACCGGGCCUUGGAGAUCAACUUUAAGAAGACCCUGAAAAUUAUUGACGUCUCUGAAUCGGAUGCUGGGAAAUACCGAUGCAUGGCAAAGAAUUACUUGGGAAGCAGUACACACGUCAUUUCCGUCACAGUCAAAGCUGCACCGUACUGGAUCAGCGAACCCAAGAACUUGAUUCUCGCACCUGGGGAAGACGGAACGCUGAUCUGCAGAGCUAAUGGCAACCCCAAGCCUACUGUCCAAUGGCUGGUCAAUGGUUUUCCGAUCGAAAAUGCCCCAAGUGACAUCAGCAGGGAGCCAAUGGACGACACUAUCCACUUCACAAAAGUGCAGGUCUCUUCCAGCGCUGUUUACCAGUGCAAUGCUUCCAAUGAGCAUGGAUAUUUGUUGGCAAACGCAUUUGUCAAUGUACUCGCUGAGCCACCCAGAAUGCUUACACCAGCUGACCAGGUUUAUCCGGUAAUUGCCAACAAGGCUGUGUUCCUGGACUGUGCAUAUUUUGGAUCACCAAUACCUCAGGUUCAAUGGUUCAAGGAUGACCAAGGAAGUGUCCUCCAUGGUGACUCUUAUGUUUUCCAUGAGAACGGCACUUUGGAAAUUUCCUUCUCGCAGAAGAAUGACAGUGGUACAUACACCUGCAUCGCUACCAAUUCGCUUGGUGUCGUCCAGAACAAAGCCUUUCUCCAAGUCAAAGAUCCGACGACCAUCCUGAAACAGCCAUUAUAUCAGUCUGUGCAGACGAUGGGAACUGCUGUGUUUGAGUGCAAAGUGAAGCAUGACCCCUCACUUUCUCCAACAAUUAUAUGGCUGAAAAACAAUGAGGAGCUGCCUGAUGAUGAAAGGCACCAAGCCUCUGGCUAUGUCCUGACCAUUCUGAAUGUGUCUGAGGAAGAUCAGGGAUCCUACACGUGUGUGGUGAAUACGACCCUGGACUCAAACUCUGCAACGGCUGACCUUGCUGUUCUAGCCCGUUCCUCAACUCCAGCUAGCCCAUACGACAGUCCCGAUCCACCUUCAGACCUGGAAUUAACCAACCCUCAAGACAGGAGUGUACAGCUAUCCUGGAUACCAGGAGAUGACAAUAACAGUCCCAUCACAAAGUUCAGUAUUGAGUAUGAAGAGGAUCAGUAUGAGCCUGGAUUGUGGCAUCAUUUGACCGAUGUCGGAGGAAAGCACACGACGGCCCACCUGAAGCUUUCCCCUUUUGUUAACUACAAAUUCCGGGUCAUUGCUGUCAACCGAGUAGGCAGGAGCGAUCCGAGUUAUCCAUCGGAGCGAUAUUUCACACAGCCAGCUGCUCCCGAUGAAAACCCCAUAGGGGUCCAAGGGAUGGGAACAGAACCCAACAAUCUGGUGAUAACCUGGAAGCCUUUGAAAGGUGUACAGUCCAAUGGGCCAGGCCUAACGUACAAGGUCAGCUGGAGACAGAAGGUCGGCGAUGAUGAGUGGACCUCUGUGAUGGUCGCCAACGUUUCAAAAUACAUUGUAUCAGGCACGUCGGAAUUUUCUCCGUAUGAGUUGAAAGUGCAGUCAUUCAACAGCCUUGGAGCUGCCUCGGAGCCUGAUGUUGUAAUUGGAUAUUCUGGCGAGGAUUUGCCAAUGUUGGCUCCUAGCAAUGUGACUGUCCACGUUAUCAAUAGCACUCUUGCGAAGGUGCACUGGAACCCAGUUCCACCGAAAAGUGUCCGUGGAUUCCUCAAGGGAUAUAACAUCUAUUACUGGAAGCAAGGAAGCCUGAUCAGGCGGGGAAAAGGACACACAGAAGUAAAGAUUUUGAACUUCCUGGGAGACAAGAACCAUGGCAUGUUGCCAGGGUUAGAACCUUUCAGUGUUUAUAAGCUAAAUGUUCGAGUCCUUAAUGGGAAAGGAGAAGGACCUGCAAGUGAAGAUGUGGUCCUGAAAACUCCUGAAGGAGUGCCCAGCUCCCCAGAAUUCUUGAAGAUUACAAGCCCAACACUCAACUCUCUGACCCUGCAGUGGGCUCCUCCACUUCAUCCAAAUGGUAUUCUGAAAGGAUACACACUCAAGUACCAGCCCAUUAACAGCACGCAUGAACUAGGCCCUCUGGUGGAGAUCACAAUACCUGCCGAGAAUGAAACCAGCUGGACUUUGAAAAACCUGAACUACAGCACUCGCUACAAGUUCUAUCUCAACGCCUUCACCAGUGUGGGAGCUGGCAGCAAGUUAACUGAAGAGGCCAUUACUGUGUUGGAUGAAGUGAUUCACCAAACCGUGCCAGAGGCAGGCAAAGGAAUAUCUGCAACAUCUCCAUUACUGAAAACAGAUUUAAUAAUCCCUGUUGAUAAAAAAAUGAAGGUCAUGGUCCUUCGUCCAGUAAUUACGAACAUUACCUCAGCCGCAACCCAUGCAAAUAUCAGUUGGGAGUUUGACCGAACGGAUAUGCACUUUUAUGUUGAAUAUGAGAUAGCUGACAGUAAAGAGCCUGUGGACAAAAUGCAAAUAAAUGCCUCACAGACCUCCUUUGUGCUCAAGGGUUUGUUGCCAGCAACAGUUUACAGAGUGCGAGUUAUUGCCGAGAACCAGGCGGGCGAAUGGCGGAGUAAGGAUGAACGGUUUGAAACCCGCCCACCAGCCAUGGCAAGCCGCCAGGUAGACAUUGCCACCCAGGGCUGGUUUAUUGGUUUAAUGUGUGCCAUCGCCCUCCUGAUCCUCAUCCUCUUGAUUGUCUGCUUCAUCAAAAGGAAUAAAGGAGGCAAAUAUCCAGUCAAGGAGAAAGAGGAUGCUCACGCAGACCCCGAGAUCCAGCCUAUGAAAGAAGAUGACGGAGCUUUCGGUGAAUACAGUGACACAGAGGACCAUAAGCCCCUUAAAGGCAGCCGAACACCUUCCGAUGGGACAGUUAAGAAGGGUGUGAGCGAUGACAGCCUGGUUGACUACGGUGAGGGUGGUGAAGGUCAGUUCAACGAAGACGGCUCUUUUAUUGGACAGUACAGUGGCAAAAAGGAAAAAGAAGCAGUGGAGGGGAAUGAGAGCUCCGAGGCCCCAUCCCCUGUCAAUGCCAUGAACUCCUUUGUCUAACAUGGGGGGAGAACGUGGGAUCGUUCCAUGCCCAUGCACCAAUAAAUCAUAGAAUUUAUCCAUUCACACUUAUCUUCUGACUUGUCAUUACAUGCACGUUUGAAAUAAAGGAAUGAUGAGAAGCUAGUGCCUAAAGGUCCUGAAUGUACAGAUGAACGAAAGAGUGAAAGAAGAGGAAAAACCAAAUGUGGGUUUUCAGGAAUGCAGCCGAGCAGAGGGGGAAGUCCAAAUUAUUGUCCGUGGAUCUCGAACAGAAGUUAAUCUCCUGUGUAUAUAGAGUUGGACUUGGCACAUUAUUUCUUGGGUUCACUACUUCGUUUCCUAUUGGUUUGCGCUAACAUAGUGCAUGAGAACAACGUGUAUCUCACUGCCACCUAAGAUAGAUGAGUGUAUGCUGUGAUGACAGUGGUUUGUAUAAUAUUUGUUUAUAAAGUGCACAGUGCAGUGACUAAAAAUGAAUCUCGUUUUGCCGUCAGUGUUCAAUUGGUAUUCUAGAGCUCUCCGAUGUCAGUGGGACAUUGUCACGAAGAUUUUUUUUCUUUGAAUGUUUAACAACUGUUUGUGUCUCUUUUUGUUUUGCAAAAACAGCAAAAGAAGAAUGUCACGGGGCUGAUUGUAUUGACUCCCAGUGCUAGGUAUGAAGUGGAAUGUUUUGGAAUGGGUAACUGAGCACCUUGCUUGUACCACUGUUGUUGUUCUAUUCUUUCAAGGAGAAAUAAGAGAGAAUAUAUUAUCCUGUUCAUGUAUCACACACUGACUGGCACAAAUCAUACACGUUUUCGAUAUGAGCACACUAAACCUCUCAACGCCUUAUAAACACCCAUUUUUGUAAAUUAAACCUAGCGCCACGUUACACAAAUUUUAACACAAGGCCAACAGUUUAAUACAGCUCCUAUUGCUUACAUCUUCUUGUUAAUACUGUUAGAUUUACAGCCUUUUAAGGUAUAAACUGAACAAAAGGGACUUGACAAAUGUGGCCUCUCUCUUUAUAAACUAGAUUUUGUUUUGGCUCUGAUUUAAUUGGACUAACCAGAAAGCGAGUAAAGAAACACGGUGUCGGGGGCAGGCGGAAUAAAAAGGGAUUGGGAUUCCAAGCUCUUGGGUGCAAGAAUCUUAUUUGCUUUGCCAUUGAUUUUGUUUUCAUAACUUGCAUCAAGUUUAAUUAAGCUUUUCUUGUUGUAGAUAUUGUGCUGUAUUUUGUAAAUAUACAUUGUCUUGUCAAGGCCUCAGGCCUCAAGAUUUCUCCAAUGUAGCUUGGGUUGUAUUGUGUGAUAUAUCGCCCCAUCAAACUUGCAGAACUGUCCUUGGCUGUGAACGCAUUAAAUUGUAAUCCUCUGGAUAUUGCUACAAAUAACCGUGGAGAAAAAUCAUGGUUGCUUUAGAAGUUUCUUUUUCUUUUUGUUUGAAUACAUCAAGUUUAUUAGUGACAUAAAUAUAUUGGGACGAUGAUUGGGGGGGGGUAGAAUGGCAGUUUUCAUUGGGUAAGGGCUAUUAGAGACUGAAGAUCAUGUGAUGAAACCUCCAGGAAUGCACUCAGCCAGAGUUGGUAACUAUUUAUUGACCAGGUUUUUUUUUGCUCCCUUUUUCUCACUGUAUUUUAUGCUGCUGACUGUGAAGCUGUAAGCUCACUGGCUGUGUUAGUAAAUGUGUUUGCGACUAACCAGGAUGUUUCAUUUCCAAAAUUUCAGUGUGCUUCUCCUGGAGCAGCUUACUGUGUGGAGGGAGGCUAUUUGUACAACCUCAUUCGAAAUUAACUGGGAAAGUGACUCCUGAGAAAUCAAUUUUUUUGGGUCUGUAGGGGGCCCUUAAUUCUGCUGUUUCUCUCUCUCUCUCUCUCUCUCUCUCUCUCGCAAUUUGCUUCAGAGCCCGAACCAGAACAUAGGCCCUGGGUUUUUUGUUUUGAAUAUUUUCUCGACAGAUUCAACGUACUGUUGGUUUUGCUGUGACUGGAGCUGGGGGAAUCAGGUUAAUUUCGAGCGUUGGGUGUGAGAUUUCUUUCAGCAUGAGAAAGUGAAGUCAGUUUUAGGGGUCUGCUAGACCUCGCUGUUCUUUAAGGCCGUUAAAAGCUUACUGAUUUUGUAUCAGGAGAAAGGAGACAAAUGGGAAAAUAAAUGUGCUUUUGACCUCA